AUGUCAAAACGAAACCUGUUCCUAUGCUUUGACGCGUUCGGCACGCUCUUCAGGCCAGCCGAGCCGGUCGCAAAGCAGUAUGCCGACGUCGCGCGCCAGUUCGGCCUGCGCGUCAACGAUGCCCAGGUCACGGCCUCCUUCCGAGAGGCCUUCAAGAGAGAAGCCAAGGUGCACCCGAAUUACGGCAAGGCGACGGGCGUCCAGGUUAUACAUAACACACUCCGUCCCCUAGUGGGCCCAGAUCAAGCAAUACCCGACGGGUUGGCGCCCCGUCUCCAGCACAGAUUUGCAUCUGAUGAGGGCUACACCUGCGUACCCCAGCUACCCUCACUGCUCCAAGCUCUUAAGGAGCCACACCCUAAGAAGGGGUUUGACAAGGUCGUUGUCGGCGUCAUCACGAAUUCCGACGACCGAGUCCCGGAUAUCUUGGCUUCGUUCGGGGUCCGCGUCAGCCCCUUGCGGUAUGGCACUCCAAUUGAUCGAGCCAAGCUGGCAGGAGCAGUCUACGACAUUGACCUUCAUUGCAUGUCCUACGAUGUGGGCUACGAAAAACCGGACAAGAGGGUCUUUUCUGCGGCGGAGGAGCUGUUGCGAGAAGUCACUACUCAGGAUGCUACCUCUUCUGCUGACGUGGGAGCGUCUUCUUGGGACAAGAUAUACCUCGGAGAUGACUAUGACAAGGACGUACUUGGCGCGCUUGACUCUGGCUGGUACGCCUUGUUCUUGGAGGGGCAUGAACAACCUCCUCGCCCGAUGCCGCUUCUUGUGGAUCAAAAAGGGGGAUCGGUCAGCGAGGCAUUCAUUCAACAUCGAGCCCUGAGUGUGGACUCGGUCCAAACUGCGAUAGAUUGGCUCCUAGGGCAAAGAUGA